AUAAAAAUUGAAAUGAAAGCAAGCCAACGGUUUUUCUUUAGACGUUUGUCCUGUGUUGAAUAGAAUUAUUUUAAAUGUUGUGAAUAUUUCACAAUUUUAUAUCAUUUUGGGCUGUGCAACUCAUAAAAUAGACAAAAAUAAUCCUAAAACGGCAGCCACCAUUAAAGAAAUUAAAUAGACAAUGGCGCCAACUCGGUUGGCAUCGAAGCCCAUCGGCGUCACUGAUAACUUCAUUAGCCAUGGUAUUACUACUCGGAGUAAGCAGUUGGCUUCUCUUAAGACACAUAAGGAUAAUUUGAAAAUGCCUAAUAAAAGGAAAGCUGAUAGCCCGCUAAAAGAUGUGACUGCUAAAAGAGCGGCAUUUGGGGACAUCACGAAUGCAUACAAUAAGUCCUGUGGAGCUAAUGACAAGGUUAUGCCGUUGAAGAAGGUCACAGUGGAAAGCAAAAUGCUUCCUGUUGUAAAGAGCAUCAAACCACAGACUACAAUAUUGAAUGGAAAGACCUCCAAAACCAAGCAACUACAGAGGGUGGCCACUAACGCAUUGGAAACUGUACAAAAACAUUUCGCCAAAGAUCCACCCAAGCCUAUUGCAACUAGAGCACAGAAUGGCAUACUCAAGAAUAUUGAGAGGAAAUCUAUUGGUAAAGAAAAUCAGAAUAGCAGCCAGAACUCUACGAAGUCUGGCCGUAGUGAUGUUUCAGGGGAGCCCUCCCUUUAUAUGACUGCAUUGGAGAAUAUAAGCCCAUCAGAAGUUACAAAAGAAGAAUACAAGACAAUCAGCGACAAGCUAGACAAAGUUAACUUGGAUGACUCCAGCAACAAAUUGCUGGAUGAUGAAACUGACAUUCCACACAAGCCACCACCUGGUGUAGUAGAUUUUGACCUCGAGAACUGGAAUGACCCAUUCCAAGUGUCUCAAUAUGCUAUGGAUAUUUUCAAUUAUUUGAAGAGCAGAGAGCGACUGUUCCUCAUCGAUGACUACCUCGUGAGAAUGGAGGGUAUCACGUCGUGGAUGCGCGCACUCCUCGUUGACUGGAUGGUUGAGGUCCAGGAGAGCUUCGAGCUUAAUCAUGAGACGUUAUACCUGGCGGUGAAGUUAGUGGACCUCUACAUGACGAGGUCGUCCAAGACGCAUCCCCAACAGAAUCGGCUAACGAAGGAAGAGCUGCAGUUACUAGGAGCAUCGGCGCUUUUUAUCGCUUCUAAGUUUGAUGAGCGCAUACCUCCGCUAGUGGACGACUUCCUGUACAUCUGCGACGGUGCGUACACACUGAGCCAGCUACUCAAGAUGGAGAUGAACAUCCUGCGGGUGGUGGACUUCGACCUCGGCAUCCCACUGUCUUAUCGGUUCCUCAGGAGAUACGCUAGGUGUGCCCGUGUGUCGAUGCCGACGCUAACACUGGCAAGGUUCGUGCUGGAGCAGUGCCUCCUUGAAUACGGCCUUCUGGAAAACUCUGACAGCAAGAUGGCCGCCGCCGCACUCUACCUCGCGCUCAGGAUGAAGUCCCUCGGACACUGGACACCAACGCUACAGUAUUACACAGGUUAUUCAGUAAAGGACAUCUUGCCAUUAGCGAAAGCACAAAACUCUGUUUUACACAAGAAGCCAAAAUCAGCUAUCAGCACAGUACGGAAUAAGUACUCGCACACAAUCUUCUUUGAAGUAGCCAAAGUACCUCUAAUCGAUGACUCUGUUCUGAGCAGCUGAAAUAAGCCAAGUGGCACUUUACACACAGUAAAAAGCAUAUUAAGGUGGGUGCAAAUCUUUUGAUUGUAUAUAUUUGUAUUGUUUUGUUGGUUGCCUAUAAUGCCUAGUAUGCUCACACAUGACAACUUUAUAAAAACAUGUUGAGUUUUGAUUAUCUUAUUUAUCCACGUGUUAUUGAGGUAUACAGUGCAAUGUGGGCAGUCAAUCGUUAAUAGUGCAUAAAGAAAUAAGUCACAAAAUGUAUGCCCAAGUCAACCCACCAAUAAGCUGCAUUUGUUUGCGCAAUGCAAUUUUUUUUUUUUUGUUAAUGUUAUUAUAAUAUUUAACUAUAUACUGUACAGACACAUCGGCUCAUUUUCAUUUUUUGUCAAUAAGAAAUUAAAUAUUUACAACUCUAGUGAUUCCGUAUAAUUGUCGGAUUUUCUUUUUUUUUUAAUUUGGGUUGUGUGUCGCCCUUUCUAAUGAAAAUUAAGAUGGCGAAAUAUCGUAAGGUGCCACGUUGUAAGCUAGAUUGUAAGUUAUUGUUUAACGUUACAGUAGACAAACGUGUGGCGGGUCGUAUGCGAGCGGCCGUGGACACGGUAUCACUGCCGGUAAUUUAGUAUAAUAUCUAGGUAGUGACGAAUCUAGAUCAAUUACGGAAACGUAGGAUUAGCAAUUGUUUAAUGUAAAGCAGGAAGGUGGAUUAUUUCAAAUUUCGAUUUUGAUGAAUAAUUUUCGAUUUAUUGCGAAUUUUAUAUACAUUUUCUUUUUUUCUUUAUACAAAAAAGACUGAGACUGCACACGACAGAAAACUUUGGGUUUUCAUAUUUGUCGUUACAAUUGUGCCAUAUAUUGUAUUGCACUAUGGCAAAUCACUAAUCCCACCAAAUAGACUAAAGAGCUAUAAACUCUUUUCGAAUUCAAUUAAAGUAAGUGACAAAUUCAAUUUUGUUUAAAUUUCAAAAAUCACAGAAUCCAAAAUCGUACCAUGUCAUAUAGUUCAAUAGAAUUUGCCAAAAAUUAUAGCCAAUUCACAUUCCAAUAUUGUUUUUUUUUUCCGCCUUGCUUAAUAUUAAUAAUAUUAGAGUAAUUGUCUUCCUAUAGGAAUGUGUAGGUGUGAUAUCAUUCCACUUCAACGCUAUGAAAGUGGAAAUGUAUGUAAUUUUGAGCGUUUUUAUUUAAAAUCCACAAUGUCAAAACUGAAAGCACACUCGUGUAUGAUUUCAAAUAAUAUCCAUACCAUUAAUAUUUAAAAGCAAUUCCCAUUUUGGUUGGUAACUAAACGCUUGAAAUGUAGUCAUGAAAUUUUACCUAUCUACCCUUUUUACUUUGGAUUCAAUUUACCUUAAAGAAUAAUCGAUUGUAUGUAUAUUUGCUUGUAUGUAAAAUGUUUUUAUAUGCGUUAUAAAUAUGUAUUCUAAUUGAGCGCGCUUUGCUAAAAUCUCUUUUAAUUUUAAUUAUUAUUAUUAUUAUUAAUGGAUUUUGUAAUGUUUUAAUAAUUAAUUUACAUAGUAAUUAUUGUGAGAUUAUUUGCAUCAUUGUCUUGUGUUUUGUAAUUUAUCACAUUUUAAAGAGUACAAAAUAUUGGAAUGUUAUUAAUAAUGUUGUUUCGUUAAUGAUAAGUUUUAGAAUAAUUACACUUUUAAAACUGUUUUUCUUGAUAGCGUUCUUCGUCUAAUUGUACAAGGUAAAUGUAACCUCUUGACAUGUAAAUAAAAGUGAUUUUGGUUUGGUAACUUGUACUUUUAAUUUUACGAAUUUUUGUACAUAUCGUCCUAGUCGUAGAACACUGACGGAUCUGACGAAUGUUACAUAUAAAGAUCCGUCAGUAUUCUACGACUAUGACGGUAUACGCAUAUGUGGCAGGCUCCAAUUACAGACUAAAGAGAAUUAUUCUUAAAAACCUCAAGUUUCUAAUAAAUCUAUUUUAGUCAC